UCUCUCCGCAGGAGACGUGCCCAGCCAGGGAGAAGAUGGAGCCCAAGUCCUCCAGCCCACUGCUGCCCCUGGAGCUGGGUCAGGCGGGGGAGGCCCCUCUGCCAGGAGAAAAGAAGAAAUUCCUGCCUCCCAUGUCUCGGGCAGAUCCCAAAUUUGAAGAGUUGCAAAAGGUGCUGAUCGAGUGGAUCAAUGCCCAGCUCCUGCCCGAGCACAUUGUGGUCAGGAGCCUGGAGGAGGACAUGUUCGAUGGCCUCGUCCUGCACCACCUUCUGCAGAGGCUGGCGGGGCUCCAGCUGGAGGUGGAGGAGAUGGCGCUGACUGCCUCCAGCCGCAGGCGGAAGCUGACGGUGGUCCUGGACGCCAUCAAUCGGAGCCUGCAGGUGGAGCAGCCGCCCAGGUGGAGCGUGGACGACAUCUUCAACAAGGACCUGCUGGCCACCUUGCAUCUGCUGCUGGCCCUGGCCGCACGCUUCCAGCCUGACCUCGCCCUCCCGAGCAACGUGCGGGUGGAGGUGAUUCUCAUGGAGAGCACCAAGAGUGGCCUGAAGUCGGAGAAACUGGUGGAACAACUGACGGGAAGCAGCCCAGAAAAGGACCAACCGUCAAGGGACGUCAUCGACGAGCUGUUCAAGCUGCCGCCCGAGAGAGUGAACGCCGUGAGGGAGGCCAUUGUGAACUUUGUGAACCAGAAGCUGGGCCGCCUGGGGCUGUCGGUGCAGAGCCUGGAGAGCCAGUUCGCAGACGGGGUCCUGCUGCUCCUGCUCAUCGGGCAGCUGGAAGGCUUCUUCCUGCACCUGAAGGAAUUCCACCUCACGCCCAGCUCGCCGGCCGAGAUGCUGCACAACGUGCGUCUGGCGCUGGAGCUGCUGAAGGAGAAGGACCCUCUGGGGGUCCCCGUCAGCCCCGAAGACAUCGUGAAUGGGGACCCCAGAAGCACACUGUGGGUGCUGUAUGGCCUCUUCUGCAGACACCACCCUCGAGAGCCCCCGGCCGAACUCCCCAGUUAG